CUUCUUCUCGAUCGUCGCUCAGACGUCUAACUUUAGUCUUAUUAAUUAAUCGAUACGUCACUGAUUUCCUGUUUUACUGAACUACUGAGAAAAUAUUAAACAAUGUCAUUCCUUACGAUAACACUGUUGCUGUCGACAAUCAGCAUGAUUUCGGGGCAAUGUUUAACAGGAGAUGACGUCCCUACAAUGAUGAACCCAAUGUCAAGGAAGUCAUUAACAAACGCUCGCUUUAACUUCGCACUCGACAGUCUGAAAAAUAUUGCAUUAAUCGAGUCGAAGGAUAAUAUCUUCUUCAGUCCACACAGUAUACACCAGGCCUUGAGCUUGGCGUACUUUGGUGCUCGUGGUACCACUGAGGACUCCCUCAAGCGGGCCCUUCAAGUUCCGAAUGAGCUCUCGAAAAUCGAAGUACAACGAUUCUAUGCCCUGGAGAAAUCGCUCAAUCAAAUGCGUUCCCAGGGGAAUGGAUCUGCAGGUUCCUACGAUUAUAACGUCGCUAAUAAAUUUUGGAUUACAAACACCAAAAAGCUGCGCGAUUGUAUGCUCGAUUUCUUCGGUGAUCAGUUGCAAGUAACUGAUUUCAGAACAAAUCCUGCGGAAGUAAGAAAUGAGAUUAAUAAUUGGGUCAGCAAUAUGACAAAAGGUCACAUUCGUGAUCUCCUGUCAACGGAUAGCAUUACCGCGGACACUGAUCUAGUUCUGGCAAACGCAGUCUACUUUAAGGGUCUGUGGGCCAAUCGUUUCGACGCGAAGAACUCAAAACGCGACAUCUUCUAUACUUCCAGCACGCAAAACUCUGUCACAGUCUUUAUGCGUCAGAAAGGAAACUUCCAUCAUGCUGUCUCUGAGGAGCUAGGCGCAUAUAUCUUGGAAUUACCGUAUAAGGGUGACGAAAUAUCGAUGUUCUUGCUGCUCCCUCCGUUCUCCAUUACGCGAUCUGCUCAAAAUCCUUCUAACGAACCACAAGACGGCAUUCGUCAAUUGAUACAACGUCUGACGACCGAGAAGGGCUCUCAAGAGUUACGGGAAUUGUUAGAUGACGGAUUACCGCCGCGCGAGGUCGAGGUCAGCCUACCGCGUUUUGAGCUAGAAAAAGAGCUGCCAAUCAGUCAAUUGCUACAUGCUUUGGGCGCCGGGGAGUUGAUGACACCUGGUGUGGCUGAUCUGCGCGGUUUUCUCGCGGAUGGCGAACAGAACCUGCACCUCGGUGAUGCUGUGCACCGAGCUCGCAUCGAGGUUACGGAGGAAGGCACUACCGCGGCUGCGGCAACCGCGAUUUUCACCUUCCGCUCCAGUCGACCCACCGAGCCUGCUAUCUUCAAUGCCAAUCACCCAUUCGUUUAUCUAAUCUACAACAAGUUUGAUAACACGAUCCUUUUCGUCGGUGUUUUCCGCUCACCUCAACCGACACAUUCCUAAACUCCUGGUAGUAUUUAAACAAAUCGUGAUGUUUAAGAGAAAUUUGUCCUUAAGAAGAUGGUCCAGUGGAGUAUAAUGAUGUGACAAGGAUUGACAAAUUUGUCUUUCCACUUUAUCUUCUUGGUCAGAAGAUACCAUCUUUGAGAGAAUCUGUUUCUCGUGUGGUGCUGAACGUUUUUUUUGUUAAUAAUCAGAAAUAGUUAGUCCUUUGAAUUUUGCAAAAUUGGUGUCUUUGG